CGCGGAGCUCCUCCCUCGCGGGCGCUCGAGCUCUAGGUCCGCCGUCCUCGCGCUGUCCCGCAGUCUCGCUGCGCGCGCCCGCCCGCCCGCCGCCGAGCGCACACCAUGACCAUGUGCUGCGGCGUCUCGCCAUUGCCCUUGCUUGCGUGCGUUUCGCGUCACAGUCGCACUAACGCGUUCUGGAUACAAAUAAACUAGGCAGAACGAGGUCCGUCUGGGAGUCUGCCGCGGCUCGAGGAUUUUUGCAUGUGGGAACGGAUCAUUAGCCCCUGUCCGUCGGCCGCUCGGUGCUGUAAGAAGCCUUAGGCUCAGGUCACCCUCGCUGAAAAGUACGUGAACCGGGAUCAGAAGCUUGUUUACGUGCCAUGUCAGGCUCGGCCCUGCCCUGUGGAACCAGGUCGGUUUGGCAGUGAGACUGACGGGCUUCGAAGAUGUCGGCCUGCAGCGAGUUUGCUGAACACGUGUGGAAACCAGGCUCCUGUAAAAACUGCUUCCACCCUCGCAGCGCCCACCGUCCCAAUGACAAUGCGCUCCAAGUCAGGACCGGCACAACAGGCAACGAGGAAGACGGCCUGAGCUUCUCUCCCUACUGCAAGCCCACGAUUGCUGUCCGGCCCACCGUGAUGAACCCAGACACGUCUGAUAUGUGGACAGAUGUUAAUAUGAAUUCCGAGCAGGAUAAUCAGAAGACUUCAACAGACAGGCUCAGCUUGAAAAAGUUGUUGGAGAUCUCUCCCUUCGGCAUGGACAGUAAUGGAUGCAGCAAGGCUCUCAAAGAGGCGGUCCUCCAGGGUACAACUCUGGGAAAUCUGGACUACCCCACCAAGUUCUCGCAAGGAGCUGUGUCCCCACCGGGCAUCCGAAAGGAGACAAUCGGUAGUAUUUUUGUGGCACAGGACGAAGGUUGGGGACUGCACAAUGGUACUAGAGAUCCCUGUGAGCCCUGUAUAACCCAAAUAAUGAAUAGCACUUAUGUGACAAAUGGCACAUAUUAUCCACUGAGGCUGGAGGUAAAGACAACCUCUGUGGGUACCUGCAAUAACUGUAGUGAUGUUCUUGCCAGUCCCCCACCAGCACUGGAUCAGAAUGUAUCCUUGGAACUUGAUGGUAAUAUCACUUCAACUGCCCCAACCAAGAGUGCCAGCUUCAGAAGGACUGAGCCAGCAAGCACUUCCUCUUCCUCCAGCAUCACCCAGGACUCUGCGUUGCAGACCGCUCGUACGUGCGGCCGAGCCUCUUCCUUCCUGUCUGAGCCCACCAGCCUGUCGGACUCCUGCUCCUUCGAAAGCAGUACGGAUUCGCUCGUGUGCUCCCAGGGCCCUGACGUUUUUCGACAUUCGUGCUCAGAGAGUCCCCAAACGUUUGUGUUUCCAUCCAGUCCUUGCGCAGACGUUGGAAACAGACAGAGCAGUGCUGAACCGAUCUAUGCAGAGAGCACCAAAAGGAAGCGAAGACCUCUGGGUGAUAGACCGGCUCCACCGAGCCCAGACCACGAGGCAGAACCAGCUGGAGAAGCACAGAGAGCCAAGAUCACAGUCAUGGCGACCCAUGCGGAGAACAAUAAUCGUAAAUUUUACCUAAGCAGUCCGGACUCGGCUGUGAGCACACAGUUGCCCCACUUCAGUCCAAACUCCAACAAGGACCCCAGCAGCCCUGCCUUCAAGUGGCCUUCAGCCUGUGGCAGCACAGAUCUGGCUGUGGCCUCAUCAGUCCAGCCUAAGCCUCAAGCCAGCCCUCCAAUUCCACCCAAGAGGUGCUCACGAUCUCCAAAACUGGGCACCUCCAGCCUCUCCUCAUUGGUUCACGCGGAGAUGCAGCCAGAGGCCUGCAUAAACGCACAUCCCCCCUCUCCUACACUGGUGCAGGACAAGCCGCAGGGAGACGGUCUGAGUUGCGCUCCUGUCUUUACUUGCUCGGAGAGGAGGCAGAAACUCUACAAUUCCCACUGGAACUGGAAGACGCGGAUCGAGGAGGAGGAGGAGGACGGAGGCGAGGAGGCUGUACCUCCGGGUGGGACCCUCGGCCUCAUCAAUGGGACUGCUGUGUUGAGGCCGGAGGACUGGGGCACCGCGGCACCCGGCAGAGAGACUUCGCCACCAGGCACGGCCAACAAUGGCGCCAGUCAGCAGCGUGAGGGCAGCGUCUCGGAGUGUGACAGAUUGGACGGGAACAUGUUGACGCAGGCAGUAUCGUCCACCAGGGAGCUGUCAGAGGGGCCAAAGGAGAGUCAUGACCCCACACCACCUCCACCACCUCCAAAGAAACACCACAGGUCGUCCGGAAAGAUGAGCCAGAGCAGCUUGGAGCUGGAGAGGGCCAGUCAGCAGGGCUCCAUAGAGAGUCUCAGCCAGUCCCUGAGGGCCUUGAGUGGCAGCUUGGCAACAGCCUCCAGCGACAGCCUGCACUGCGACUCCAGGGUCUUCAGUGAUGGCGGCAUCCAGGAUUCCUCCCACGCGGGCAGCCCGUCACCGUUCCCUAGCAGUCCCCUGACCUCUUCGCCAGUGUCCCCGAACCCAGACCCCUUCCCCAGCAUGGGCCUGGACCAAACGCAGCCUCCUCCGCUUCCUGUGAAGAAUCUUCUGAGCCGCACCGUGUCUGCCCCUAGUGGUCCCAGCGGUAAGUUUGCACAGCGGGGAAGACCCUGCCUCCCCUUUGGCGGCUCGGAAGACAACAUCUCCCGGCCCGAGCAAUCCCAGUCGGGUCAUUCGUGCAGCCCGGCAGACUCCCACAACCAGUACUCAUCCAACGAGUCCCUGGAGCGCUUCCACGCGCACCUCGACCGCUCCCUGCGCUCCCGGACUCUGGAUGAAACUCCCGCCAGGGGCCGAAGCAGACUGGGGGGCUGCCUCCGCGGCAGGGCCACUUCCUCGUCCUCUCCCCAGCUCAGCGGCCCCCUCCCCUCUCCGUCGGCCGGGUCUAGCCUCCACCUGCAAUCCCUGCUGAGCAACAUCGACAGCCGCGAGGGCGUCUAUUCCAAGCUCGGCGGGUUGUACGCCGAGUCUCUGCGCCGUCUGGCGCUCAAGUGCGAGGAGCACUUCACCCGGAGCCAGCGGAACCCGCUGCACUUCGACGAGAGCAACUGGUCUCUUUUCAAACUGACGUGUAACAAGCCGUGCUGCGACGCCGGCGAUGCUGUGUACUACUCCGCUUCUUGUGCCUCGGACCCAAGCAACUCCUACGCUGUCAAGAUCUGUAAGAGCCAGACCGCCGAGGGCAAGCAGGGUGAUGUCUACGGCCUGUCAGUGCAGAAGAGCAUGCCCUCGCACUUCAACGUGCAGCAGGACUGCGGCCACUUCAUCGCUUGCGUGCCCCAGAGCAUGCUGCCCCCCAACAAGGCGACGGGCCCUCCCGGACAGCAGGGCGAGCAGGAGCGUGUAGUGGUCAUCACGCGAGAAGUGCCCCAGCAGACGGCCGCCGACUUCGUCCGCGACUGGGCCGCCUUUCACCGGUCACAGCCUGAGGUCUACGAGCGGCGCGUCUGCUUCCUGCUCCUGCAGCUGUGCAACGGGCUGGAACACCUGAAGGAGCACGGCGUCACACACCGCGACCUGUGUUUGGAGAACCUGCUUCUGGUGUCGGGCAGGCGGGGCCAGUCUGAAAUCCGUGACCAGACGCACCUGCCCCGCUUGCUCGUCGGCAGCUUCGGCAAGGCCAAGCAACGUGGGGUCGAGGACGCCACGGCCGACCCCCGGCUCAGGAGGGACCAUGCCCGCUUGGCCCCCGAGAUCGUGUCGGCUGCCCAGUACCGCAAGUUCGAUGAGUUUCAGGUGGGGAUCCUGAUCUAUGAACUGCUGCACCAGCCCAACCCAUUUGAGGUGUGUCCUGGGCUGAAGGAGCAGGACUACUGCUGCGAGCAGCUGCCACCCAUCCCGGUUGCCUCAAUCUACUCCCCGGGCCUCCAGCAGCUGGCCCGCCUGCUCCUCCAGCCGGACCCCAUCAAGCGCAUCCACAUACAGGAGGCGCGGCGUGCUCUACAGUGCCUCCUGUGGGGCCCGCGCCAGGACCUUAUGGAACAGCAGUGGGAGCGGCCAGGGGGUCCGCCCCGCCACGAGGGUCUUCUCAACUGGCUGGAUGUAAAACGAGCCCUGCUGAUGAUGAAGUUCGCCGAGCGCUCGCUGGAGGCAGAGCGCAAUGCCGAGCUCGAGGACUGGCUCUGCUGCCAGUACUUCUCCGCCGCCCAUCCGCUCGCCCUCUGCCACACUGCGGAGCAGCUCUACUGCCUCAAGUGACACACUGUUCGUGCGCUGUGCCAUGUGCUCUUCCAUUCCACCCCGUCACGCUUUACCCGUGUUGCUCCUGCGGUAGAGGCCACGUGCGCCGUGAAUCCGCGAGCUCCGAUUUGCCCCCUUCCGCCGCUCCUUUAAGCGUGGAAGCGCGAGACCCCGCUUCUCCGUCCAGCUUUUGCACGGGGAGGCUAUGUGGUCGCGUACAAACGUCUGGCUGAAGAAGUUCCUAACCUCGCCAGGAAAGGGUGGCACAGCUGUCAAACCUCCUGUUUCAUAUGGACGUCAGUAUUAAUGCCAGAAUUGUGGACACUGUGGAUGCCCUUUUAUUGCAGUGUUACUUGAUAUGUGUGCCAGAGUGGAAGGGCAAAGCAGGGGCCGUAGCAUUAACUCUUCCCCAUGCAUGUUUAAUUUUUUUUUAUUUUUUAUUUAAUAUUGUUUUGUGAAAAUAAAUGAUCGGUUGGACAAACGAGAACAACGUGUGCUAAUUUAUUAUGCCACUGGCCUCAUUUGAGGACAACUUUGUGUACUUGUUUAACUUUGAGGAGACUAUCUUUGGCACAUACGGGGGAAUUGAAAUGGACUGUACUUAUUAAUGGACUGUAUUCUGAGGGGAAUAAAUGCAUGUGAUCCAGUGCUUUAAAACAAACAUCUACCAUUUUCAGUUAUUUGACUCAUAUUUUGGACACAUUUAGUUACAUAAAUGUAUAUCAAAAGCUUAUUAGACACAUUAGAAAAUGUUUUUGUAAUCAAACGAGACAGAAAUCACGAUUGUUUUGUAUUUGCUAAGUCAGCGGAGCAGCAUACAUCAAUCCAUCUAUCCGUUCAUCUAUUUUCAGUAACCAUUUGUCCAGUGCAGGGUUGUGGUGGUCUGGAGCUUAUUAUCCCAGAAACAUAGGGCAUGAGGCAGGGUGCCCCCUGGAUGGGAUGGUAAUCCAUUGCAGAAACAGUGUUCAUCCCCUUUAUAUAUAAAAUUAUGAAUAUGUAUUGACAACAUCCCUUGCGGAAUGUGAAGAACAUGAAAAUGGGUCUAUUUAAAACAAAUAAAAGCUAACUAUACCUGGGAAAGCCAAGCAACAUAAAGCAAAACAUGCAUUUCCUUGUCCAUUACUAAACAAAGUACAUAAAAUAUGUUGGGUUUAGUUAUUUGUUGUCCCUUGAGCAACGCAUUUUUUUUUUCUCCCCUCUUCCAGGCAAUUGAUCCAAUUUGACAGUUCUGGAAGUAAUGUGCUUUUGGUCUGUGCUAUUAGUCAAAAUAAAAUCAAUCACGAGAGCAUGGUGAAGCCAUUAGCUUAAUUUGUAGUGCUUUGUGAAUCUCUGCUUUGCCCAUUUUAUUGCCGCUAUAACAACUGUCAAAUUUAAAUAUUUUAGUGCCUUUGGUUCUUGUUGUAUUUUUCAAUGGAAAAUGAAUUGUGAACUGAACUGUAAAUCUAGUGAAAUUUCAUUGAGUCCUUGUUGAACAUUGUCUGUGAAACUGGAAUUUCAAACAGACCUUUAUGUGUACAAUUAUUAUUGGACAAGUAAUGAGCCAAGCAGGUCUUAAUUGCAAUGGAUUCAAUCUAUUUGAGAAUAUAUUUAUAAUGGAAAUGAAUUUAACACGUAUUUUUCACUGGAAUUCUUUUUGUGCUAAUUUUGUAUUAUUUUGACAAAAGCCACUCGGAACAUUUCAGCCAUUUGUUUUGCUUUUUAUAGUUUUUGCCAGCGAAUGGCUGAAUAUGUGCAGUUUCAAUUUAAAUGGAGGUAGGUCACUGGAGAUGGAUUAAAAAAACUGCACAAAUCAGAACCUUGUACGGUUUUUUGUCCUAUGUUCGUUGCCACUGCUCUUGCGCUGUCUGUGAAAACUGCUACUGUUUGUUCUACUCAACUUUAAAUUAAAGUCACUUAACAAUAAACUGUACCUAUG